AUGUAUAAAUUACAUGCAACAGUAAUCCUAAAAUUAGUGAUAGAUACCGCAGCACAGUUUCCAGGUCCAGGCCAAUAUGCUUUCCCUCAGAUGUCAGCUCCAAUGUCAGGGCCAAUGGGACCAAUGCCAGGACACAUGCAAAUGCCAGGACCUAUACAGAUGCCAAUGCAUUCCGGAGCAAUGCCUAUUGGACCUCAUCCUAUGAACCUCAACUCUCCCUUUCAAAUUCCUCAACAGAGAUUACCUAUGGUAGUCAUGCCUUAUCGCUCUAAAGCCUCUGACAGAAAACAUAGAAAACGAAGAAGGAUGAAGAAGAAAUUUAGAGAUUCCUCGUCGAGUUCCAGCAGCAGUGAAAGCACUUCAUCGAGCAGAGAAUAUGCACUGAGAAGUAAAAAAAAGCAAAAAAGGAAAAACAGACAAGUUUUGACACCGGUUAUAUCUUACGUGACUCGAAAUGGAGAUGUCGUUUAUCAAAAGAAGGUGAAAAAGGACAAAGCAGGUGAUUGGCUCGAUCUUGGAAAAAGUAAGUCUAGAUUCGAAGACGAGAGUAAAGAAGAGAUCGAAAAUAACGAAAGCCAAGAGAUGACUAUUCGUGAUCUAAAAAAUAAAUUUGAUUUGAAGUCGAAGAAGCGUAAACAUAGACAUUAA